AUGGCCCAUAUACGAAAGCUAUUGCCGGUGCUCGGAAAUAAUCUAAGAAAGGGGCAAUGCGGAAAGAUUGCUGUGAUUGGUGGUUCAAUUGAGUACACUGGAGCCCCUUUUUUCGCUGCAAUUUCUGCCUUGAGAUUGGGUGCUGAUUUGGUUCAUGUUAUUUGUGCUCCCGAAGCUGCUCCUGUCAUCAAAACGUUUUCUCCUGAGCUCAUUGUUCAUCCUGGACUUGAACCAGAAAAUGUUCUUCCAAAGCUCGAACGCAUGGACGCAAUUGUUUUUGGACCUGGCUUGGGAAGAAAUGAUCGUCUAAUGCCCCUGGUAACGAGCGUUCUUGAUUUUGUUAAGCGUACCGACGUGCCGUUUGUGGUCGACGCAGAUGGAUUAUGGUUCAUCAAAGAGUCAAUACGUAAUGUGCCAGCCUUACCUUCUGCAAUUUUUACACCAAACCACGUUGAAUUUUCAAGAAUGUGCGAAGCUGCUUUGGAUGUGCAUAAUGACCAGGCUCAGUUACAAGCGAUGGCCUCUCGCUUGAGCAAACAAAUUGGAACAACUUUGUUUGUGAAGGGGCGGGUCGAUAUUAUAACCAAUCCGGGUGGUAAAGUUGUGAUUGGAGAUGAAGAAGGAUGCCCGAGAAGAUGCGGUGGUCAAGGAGACGUGACCAGUGGAACACUGGUUAUCCAUUGUUUUCUUGUGAUGGCGAAAAAAUCUUUGAACUAUCACAUCUUCAGAUUAACUUCCAUAGAUGAUGCGAAGCUAGAGGCCGGUUUGGCAUCUAGCCAGCUGGUUCGCCUUUGUGGAAAGGCUGCCUAUACAGCAAUUGGCAGGUCGAUGAUAACCGGUGAUCUGAUCAAUGAAAUUCCUGCUUUGCUGCGUAAGCUGGAUAGCUCGAAGUAA